AUGACCGAGAAUAUCGCUCUUGACGCGAACGUCCACUAUGUUUGUUGCUAUCAUAGGGCAGUUCUCUCCGCACAACUUGGUACAUUAUUGACUAAUGGACCAUCAGGCACUCGUUGCGCGGGAAAAACCGCUGUCCAAGAGUACUUGGCUGCCAAAGAUUUCGAACGAGUCGCCAUUCGACCUGACCUUGAGCAACUCUCUGACACGUCGUCCGACGUGAUUUCCACCUUCGAUGAUUUAUACGAAGAUCCAGUUGCGGUCAAACACUUAUCAUUCCUCUCCAUGGGUCCUGCACCGUCAGUGCCGCCCGCCAUUUCAAACAGGCACAAGACGCGCUACUUUACCUCCCCUGCAUUGAUGCUUGACUUUGUAACACGCGAAUGGAGAAGAGACUGGGUAACAGUCGAUCUCACUACGCGAGACACGCUGGAAAUGUUCAUGCUACGACCAUUUGUACUCGUCCUAUCUAUCGACGCCCCACUCUUUGACCGCUUUAACCGGUUCAACUCGAGCAACUCUCCACCAGCCACCUUAGAAGAAUUUGUCAACGAAGACGAUUAUCGAGUCUUUGGCGCUGGUCCACAAGAAUCGACAUCAUCUCUCCAUGGCAUUCGAGAUUUGGUUGAUAUCCACGUGUCAAACCCCUUCAAGAAACUCUCAGAACUUCACCAAUAUCUCGAUGACCUGAAUCUGCUUGACCCUGGUCACCUUCGUCCCAAUUGGGACGCGUACUUUAUGACGCUAGCAUCACUUGCUUCCCGGCGAUCAAACUGCAUGAAGCGAAGAGUUGGUGCUGUCCUUGUAAGGGAGAAUCGGAUCCUUGCCACUGGCUACAACGGCACGCCGCGUGGACUAACCAACUGCAAUGAGGGUGGCUGCAUACGAUGUAACAUGACCGCCUACCCGGGAGAUGUAGAAUAUGAGUGUGUUUGUCUCCAUGCCGAGGAGAACGCUCUUCUCGAGGCAGGAAGAGAGCGUGUCGGUAUGGGAUCUGUGCUCUAUUGCAACACUUGCCCAUGCUUGACCUGCACGAUCAAGAUAAUCCAAGCUGGAGUGAAGACUGUGGUGUACAAUCUAAGCUAUAAGGUCGAUGACGCAUCUGCACGAUUAAUGGCAGAGGCUGGGGUGGAAUUAAGACGAUUUCAGCCCGUUAAUAACCCAAAACCCUUCACCAAAACCUCUUCACCUCCAGCCAGACGACGACGUUGGUCUGCGUGGUCAUUAUUUAUAACUGCUAUCGAUCUCCCUGACUGUCGCCCACGCAUUCUUCUGAUUGAUUCUUACGACUCGUUCACCUUCAACCUAGCGUCUUUAUGCAAACAGGCGGUUUCGGGCUGCUCAAUCCACAUCAUACGCAACGACCAGCUCACGAUUGAACAAGUGGCCCCUUCGCUGGUGUACUUUGAUGCAGUCAUCAUCAGUCCUGGGCCUGGUUCUCCAGAAAACGACAACGAUGUUGGCAUCAUCAAACAUCUUUGGAACUUCGACAUACCCAUAUUCGGUGUCUGUUUGGGUCUGCAGAGCUUGGGGCUUGCCUUUGGCGCCAGGGUGGCGCGACUCCCUACUGUUAAACACGGCCAAAUAUCCACCAUUCAUCAUGCUGGCCGCGAUAUCUUUGAAGGAGUCGAGGCUGUCGAUGCGGUCCGUUAUCAUUCUCUUCACAUCGUGCUGUCGCCGCAAGCCACCCAAAUUGAAGAAAUCGCUUUCGCUGAUGACAAGGAGGACAAUGGACACGUUGUAAUGGCCAUCAGGCAUGUCUCCAAGCCUUUCUGGGCCGUGCAAUACCAUCCCGAGUCAGUUCGCACCCGUGGCGGUGGCCUAAAAGUCAUUCAAAACUUCUGGCGACUUGCACAGAGCUGGAACAUCAAAAAUGGCCGGAACAUCUUAACAUGGACUCCGAAUAUGACUGUAUUAUUCGGAAACUCCUGGCCGUCACUGCGGAGCUCUUCCGAUCCUCGAGUUGUACCGGAACACCGGCCUUUGGCGACUGUCGAUUCUCUUAACCUCCCUGAUCUCACAAGCACGGCCGUUUGUGAGCUAUUCGGUGUCGAAGACAGAGAAGACGCGCCCUUUGUCCUUCUAGACUCGGCAGCUCAUCCUGGGCGUUAUUCAAUCAUGGGUUGUCUGAUGCAAACUUCACCUCAGAUACUCUACUACGUGCCAGAUGAACAUGUCACAGUCAUUCGUGGUCAACAAUCCGAACGGCACGAGCUAGAGGGCGUUGAUAUCUGGUCUUGGCUCGCGAAAUUCAUGGCUAAAAGACGAUUUCGUGGUCUUCAUCCGGAUUCACCAUUUUCUGGUGGGCUUGUUGGCAUUCUCAGCUAUGAACUUGGUGUUCAUCAGCUCAAUGUUCCCAUCCGGCAGCACACGACACCCGGCGACCGCUAUCCGGACGUGAAUAUGGUUUUCGUUGAACGCUCGAUUGUCAUGGAUUCAGAAACCGGGCAGGUCUAUGUCCAGUCCAUUAUAGAAGAGGACCUAUGGGUAGCAGACACUAUUCAAACGCUCAGGAAUUUCUCCCCAUCCUAUAAAUCCGCCCCAUCCGUCCCAAGCGCAACAGCCGCUGCCCUUCCUUCUGAACAAGCAUACAUUGCUCGCAUCGAUGCGGCGAUGGAACACCUUUCUGCGGGAGAUUCAUACGAACUAUGUCUUACCGCUCGAACCACUGUCCGUGUCCCCAAAGACAGAAAUGGCUCCUCCUCCUGGCGACGCUACAAAGCUCUACGCUCAAAGAAUCCGGCGCCAUACUCUGCAUACCUUCGCUUACACCCGACUACCUUUCUCUCUUCGUCCCCAGAGCGAUUCAUGUUGAUUUCACAGCCACCAAAUCCCAUGGUUGCAGAAGAGCUCUUAGCAGGCAGCGUGAAGGAGGUCGCGGAAAAUCUGAUGAUCGUCGACCUGAUCCGACACGACCUCCAUUCUGUGGUCGGCGAGGAUGUCCAGGUCAGGCAAUUUUGCACUGUUGAAGAAUACGAGACAGUCUGGCAGCUGGUCAGCGUGAUCGAGGGAAAACUAGAGCACGGACUGCCUGAGGCAGAAGAUCCUGAUAGCCAGAUUGGUUGGGAGAUAUUGAAAACUAGCUUACCUCCAGGAAGCAUGACCGGAGCACCCAAGAAACGCAGUGUCGAGAUAUUGCAAAAUCUAGAAGACACUCAGCGGAACCUUUACUCUGGGGUAUUUGGCUACUGGUGUGUAGGGGGUAGCAUGGACUGGUCGGUAGCCAUUCGAAGCUGCUUCAAGCUCAGCCGCCCAGAAGAUUCAAGCGAGGAAGAAGAAUGGCAUAUUGGCGCAGGAGGUGCCAUUACAGCGCUGAGCGAGCAGGAGGCAGAGUGGGAUGAGAUGAAGGCUAAGCUGCAGAGUACGAUAGCAGCGUUCUAUGAGUAA